GUGGGGAGAAGUGUGGAGCUGCCGCCGGCUGGUGUUCAUUGUGCUGCUGGUUGGCAGAAUAGAAAACACACGCAUGAGUAAAAAUAGUUUGAGCUUGUUCUGGAGUGAUGUUUCAGGAGACUGCUGGGUCGUAGGGAUGGACAGGAUGUGGCAGAAGUAGAACAUCUCAAGCUGCUGGAUUUUAACUUUUGUCCCAGGACACAAGUAGAGAGCACCACUCUUCCAUCUCCCUGUUUAAUGAGCAAUGAAGACAAUGGUGAUCCAGGCUUCCUGUAGGAGAGGUCUGCAGGUGUGUUUACUCCUGCUGCUGCUGGGACGACUGCAGGGCAGGGUCACAGCACCAGAGCGUCUGGAGGCUCCGGUGGAGAAGCCCUUCACUCUGACCUGCAGUGUCUCGAGGGAGCGAGGUGAAUCCCUGAGGCAGGUGCGUUGGCUGGACGUCCAGAACCAGACCCUGCUGAGCUACCAGCCCGGACACAGAGACAGCGUGAGUGGACAGCAGCACGUGGAGCUCGCCUCCUCCCCAAAGGACACCUCGGCCAUCACCAUCCGCAGGGUGGGCUUCCGAGACGAAGGCUGCUACACCUGCAUCUUUGACAUGCAUCCCUCGGGUUCAAAGCAGGGUCAGACCUGUCUCACGGUCACCUCACAUGUCACCGCUGACAGCAACAAGACGGCGGUGAAUGGCAAGAAGGCGUCUCUCUCCUGCUCUUACGGUUUGCCCGAGAAGGUGCAGCAGAUCUCGUGGAGAUACACCCCCGCACAAGGAGAGUCCGCAGACGUGGCCUCUUUUGCGAAGCGCAGUGACCCCAUGAUUGAGCCAUCGUACCAGGGGAGGGUCUGGCUCAGUGCCUCCCUGUCCGACAGCCAGCUCACCAUCCAGCCCGUCACCAUCCAAGACGAGGGCUGCUACACCUGCCUGUACAACACAGAUCCUGACAAACCAAAGAGCUCCACAGUUUGCCUCUCCACCUAUGUGCUGCCCAAACCCCAGGUGAGCUACAAGACCACCUCUCCAGGAGUGAUCGAGGCCAACUGCACCUGCGUGUCACGUCCCCCGGCAGAGAUCGUGUGGAACGUGGAGCGAGAUAACCGCACCAUGGGCCCCCCUGUGACCACACAGCUUCCGCAGGCUGAUGGGACCACUCUGAUCAUCAGUACGUUGACUGUGAAGUCAGGGCUGCUGAAAGACGUGUCUGUCAAGUGCCUGGUGCACCACAAAGGCCUGGAAUCCCCGAUCGCUGUUUCCAUGAACACUAAAAUUGGAACAGCUCUCACCAUCCUGAUCUCAGUCACCACAGUAGCAGCUCUGUUGGUCAUGUCCCUGUGCUUCUGCCUUUGGAAGUGUUUCCUGCGCAAAGAAGCUGAUUAAUUUUCCGAGUCUGAACAGCAGAGGCAGUGCUUCUCAGAUCGAACGUUGCAGAAGUGAUUCCAGACAUCCUCCUCCUCCUCAUCAUCAUCAUCACCUUGGUACAAAUUGAAGAUGGUCUGACACACCUCUGUGGCUGUGUCCAACACAAUCCUACACAUGAGAUCCGACCGUUGGACGUUCAACUCUGCUCCUCUGCAUCUGACUCUCACAUAAUCUCCAGGCUGUGUUCACUUGAAGUCUGUGGACUGGGUCAUAUUUAUUCUCUGUAAUGGAUGAGUCGCUGUAUGGUCAAUUAAAGUACAGGAACUUCUCUUUGACAGCAGGUUUCUUUUCCUUAAAACACUUUCCUCUGUUUGUCACUGGUGUUUAAAUGAUGUUAAAAGAAACAUGUGUGGUGAUAUUUUAUAUUUUUCUUAUUCAAACAAAUCCUAUUCAAAAAGAUCAAAAACAGAUCAAAGAGCCACAUGAUGCACCAGUGGCAUGAAUGUGGGAAAUGUAGUUUAGUUUUAAGUUGAUCCCAUAAACACCAUUCUGCUUCUUUACAUUUUCACUGGCUCACAAAAUGACUGUUAAUCCCAACAAAUUCCACGAUUUAUCCCACGACUGUUUGUGUACAAUUAGCUUAAACUACAGAAUGAAAAUAUUUAUCUUGGUAUUUAUCUUUUUGUUAUGCUGAAUCUAUAUAUAUAUUUCUGUAUGCCCUACUUUUAAAGAUGUGUCUCAGUUAGUUUCACUUCCUUCACCAGACUAUAGACUGUGUAGAAAGAUGGACGACAUGAGAGCUCCCUAACCCUGUCUGCAGUGUUGGUCAUAAAUCCAACCUCCUCCAUGUUAGUAGAUGGGACAUGGGCCAAAGUACACAUCAAAUAACAUUUUUCAGAGAUGGUUUCUUCCUUUUUAGUUAGUUCUUAUCACACUGAUGUAUGUUCAAGUGACUCAGUAUAUUGGUUAAGCGUGUCCAUCGCUGUCCCCCUUAUACUUCGGCUCAAUCCUCCAAUUGUGUCUGUGCAGACUCCGGCAGUAUUUGUGUUUUUGUUUGAAUUUUUUGGCUUGAUUUCUGGAUAAUGGGAGGAGGUGGAAACGUCAUCCAUUGUAGAGAUUGACUUGUGUUUUGUUUUAUAUUUUCAUAGGAUUUUUGACUGUAGGAAAAAUAUUACAUAUAUAAAUGUAGAAUAACACAGCUAAGGGAUUGAUUUUUCCUCUUCUUGUACCUCAGUCGAUGAUCUCCUUCACUUUUGUGUUUUGUGAAAGCUGGGAGGGGUCAUGGGUAGAUGCCAUCAGAUAAACUAAAAAGGCUGCACGCUAAUUUGUUUGCGUAUCAACAGAAAACUUUUCUACAUGUUGUGUGAGGGUGCAUCUGUGUGUGUGUGUGAGUGAGAGAGAGGGAGUGUAGAGGUUAAAUUCCAUGAACAAAUAGCUUGAAUAAAUUCCCUGAAGAAGAAAUGCUGAAACCUUUUCUGGUGCCUCUAAAAGAAUGCGUGUCUGUCUACAUCGAAAGAGUCCAACGAGUUCCUGUGGGUGACCUCAGGUUAGGCUGUGAAGGGGUGUAGAGAGUGAGCGGCCUUGUGGUUUUAGAAAUUACUUAAGUGCUGCAGGUUGAACACGUUAAAGAGAAACUCCACGACUCCUCUAAAUAUACUUGAACAAAACCCCAAAAGCCGGCUUCAAGCACCUCAAGUAUACUGUAAAUAUGCUUUGUGGAUAUAUAAAAUGCGUAUUUGUACUGUACAUGCUUUUCAAAAUGUAUUGUUGCAUGUAAAAUAGAUAAAAAUCUGUCAGUUAUGUAUCGACAGAAGAAUUACAUACAGGUUUUCAGACUAUUAUAGACUGUAAUUCAGUCAUAUGAUUUUUCAGUAAUAACAUGAUUAUCAGUCGUGUGGAGCUUCAGUAUACUGAUUAUGAGUCCAGUCCUGUACAGAGCAAAAAGAGAGUACUAGUUAUGACCAACUAUUUAAACUUGAUAUAAUAAAUGCA